UCACCAAACCGGAAGCCAGUGCACGCUGUUGGAAAACAUGGCACAGGCUGGGUACUGAGUGUAGUACUGUGAUUAAAGUUAAAGCGGAGUAGAGAGAGUCUGUGCGGCUGUGACAGUGUUUAAGGAUUAAUCGGCGUUUAAUCGGUGAAUGAUGGAGGGGAAAUCGGCGCGCGCUAAAGUGAAGAGGCCGCGGUUAGAGGCAGAUGGUGUGCGCGUGGACGCAGCGCGUGAGGAGCAGGAGAGGAACAGGCACACGCAGGAGCUAAAGGCGUUAGGGGAGGAGGAGAGCUCUGUGAGGCUCCUGGAGGAGCUCGUGUUCGGGGGGGAGGAGGGGCUGCUGCAGCGCCUACAGCACGAUGAUGAUGAUGAUGAUGAAAAGGAGGAUGAGGACUCGAGUGACUCAGAGGUGGAGAAUGAGGCGAGGCUGCAGGUCCCCACAGAGAGGAGAGCCGUGUGGGAGGAUGAGGAUGAUGAUGUGGAGGAAAAUGUGGACAUGACGCAUCGUUUCCGUAAAGACUUCAUUCGCAGUGACGCCGAAGCGGCUAUGUCCAAACAGAGAGUGCAUCAGCGCCUCAAAGAGCAGUUCCAGAAGGCGAUGGGUGGCGUCCCAUCCUGGGCGGAGUCCACUGUAAAGAAAAGCAAGAGGAAAGGUGAUGAUGACGAGGACGAGGAUGAUGAUGAUGAAGAUAAUGAGUUGAUGCAGAGGACAGGAAACUACAUUGCUGCAUCAGAAACUCUCCCUAAAGGCAUUAUUAAGAUAAAGAAAUGUCUGAAUGCUAACAACGCUAACCCAGGUGAAGGUCGCCUGACCUCGGUGCAGUUCCACACCUCCGCUCAGGUGAUCCUCACCGCCGGUCUCGACCACACCGUCUCCCUGUUCCAGGUGGAUGGUAAGACCAACCCAAAGAUCCAGAGCAUCCACCUGGAGAACUUCCCAGUGAAUAAGGCAAGGUUUAGCGCGGACGGAGAGCAGGUGGUGGCCACGGGCCUGAGGAACAAGCUCUUCUACAUCUACGACAUGAUGGAGGGGAAGAUUAUCCCCGUGCCCAGGGUCAAAGGUCUGAAUGAACAGAGAGUCAAGGAGUUUGAAGUGUCUCCUGAUGGACAGUUCCUGCUCCUCACCGGUUCCUCUGGGUUCCUUCACCUUAUGACAAUGAAGACGAAGGAGGUGGUUCGCAGUGUGAAGGUUAAUGGCAGUGUGUGUGCUGCAGCAUUUAACUCAGAUGGCAGUAAAAUCUUCACCAACUCAGAGGACGGUGAGGUGUUCAUUUGGGACGUGAGGAGCAGUAAGUGUGUGAACCGGUUUGGAGAUGAUGGCUGUGUGACUGCUACAUCUCUCGCUGUGUCUAAAGACGAUCGAUACCUGGCCUGUGGUUCCCAGUCGGGUGUGGUGAAUAUCUACUCCCAGAAGGAGUGUGUGAACAGUUCGUCUCCUAAACCCCUGAAGUGUGUGAUGAACCUGCUGACGGCCGCCACCUCGCUCAGAUUCAACCCCACGUCUGAGAUCUUAGCCAUCAGCUCUCGCUCAGAGGACGAAGCUACGCGCUUGGUCCACAUUCCCAGCUUCAGUGUUUUUUCCAACUUCCCCCUAUUCCGCAAGAAGACUAUCUACAGACCGCACUGCCUCGACUUCUCACCUCACAGCGGCUUCUACUCCAUCGCUAAUGAUAAAGGACAGGCUCUACUCUUCAGGCUGCUGCACUAUACAGACUUCUGAGGACGUGAACAUCACACCUGGCCAGACAAACACAGACACACAUACACACACACUUAUCAAACUUUUAAUAAAAUCAGUUUUUUUAAUCCAGA